AUGCAAGGGGAGGUUAUUGGGUUUGACCAGCUCAAGGAUUUAUAUGUUGAGGAUCAGGAUUUCAAGCGAAUUUGGGAGCAAGUUCAACUUCAUGCUCUAUUACUGGACUUUCAUGUGUCUGAAGGAUAUCUUUUCAAAGGAACAAAGUUGUGUAUUCCUAGAACCUCUCUAAGAGAAAAAUUUAUCAGGGAUUUGCAUGCAGGUGGUUUAGCAGGUCAUUUUGGUCGAGAUAAUACAAUUGCCAGUCUUGAAGAGAGAUUUUACUGGCCUCAACUAAAGAGAGACGUAGGACUGUUUGUGAAACGUUGCAUUGUUUGUCAAAGAGCAAAAGGACAUUCCUAG